CGCAGCGACUGUGUAAACACGACGGGUUGACAGCUGAUGUGGUUUCCAUAUCUAUUUUGGCUUCUUUCUCUAUCACUGCAAAGCUGAAGACGUUGGUUGUCUAGUUGUUGAAUCAAUCUUGGAUUUUCCUCAGCUCAGCCUCCUUUUCCAAAAGCCAGGGAAUCAGUCACAGGAGUUAUAAACGGAAUCUUUCCUGGAACAUAAAGGAAUAUUUCCACGUCGUUGAUUGCCUGUUGCAUGGAGUUUUAUCGUUUUAUUUGAGGAGAAGAAAAAAUCUUGCACCAUGUCGGCUGCAAGUACGGCAAACAACAGUAACGGAGUCGUGCGCUCGGGAUCGUUCGGCGGAGAGUAUGACUUCGCGUGUAAGGUGAUGCUAAUAGGAGACUCAGGGGUCGGUAAAACAUGUUUACUGGUUCGCUUUAAAGAUGGCGCCUUCCUAUCCGGUAGCUUUAUCUCAACAGUGGGAAUCGAUUUUAGGAAUAAAGUGGUUGACAUUGAUGGAGCAAAAGUGAAAUUACAGAUCUGGGAUACAGCAGGACAAGAGAGGUUUCGGAGCGUCACACAUGCAUACUACAGAGAUGCCCAUGCACUUCUACUACUCUUCGAUGUCACAAAUAGGCAGUCAUUUGAGAAUAUACGGGCAUGGGUGGGCGAAAUUCACGAGUACGCCAACGACGAUGUUGUCGUCAUGUUGCUAGGCAACAAAGCUGAUAUGACAUCGGAGAGAGUAGUAAAGAGGGAGGAAGCAGAGAAAUUAGGAAGGGAUAACAGUAUUCCAUACAUGGAGACCAGUGCAAAGACGGGGCUCAAUGUAGACUUAGCGUUUGUAGCAGUAGCAAAAGACUUGAAAAUGAAGAAGACAAGACGGCCAAAUGACCCCAAGUUCAACGUCAGAGAAUUUGUGGAACAACAAAAGCAGACGCCGUCGGGCUGUUGUUCAUAGAACACUCUUCUCUUUGUCUUACCUUUAACCUGAGCGGUUGGUUGCCAGUGCUUGCCAGUCAUAGUGACACUAUGGACACUACUCAAAUUGGCAAUGCAAGCAGGCGGAGCAGAAAGGAGAGAACGAAAGGACAGAUAGAUAGAUAGAUGGAUGGAUGGAGGGAUGGAAGGAAUGGAGAGUUUGAGAGCAGAUGGGUUGAUCAAUCUUCAAGAAUUGAAAAUAUAGAUUCGGUGAGAGUGACAAUAUGGAUUUGGUGAGAAUGACAAUAUGGAUUUGGUUCAUGGACGCAUUAAUUGAUUGAAGAAUCGCUGUAAGCACACUGAAAGGAAAAAAGCUGUAGCACGAUUGACUAUCAUCAUUAUUAUUAUCAUUAUAAUCUUUAUAAUAGUGUGUAGUUAUGACAGGAAAUGGGGAAGGUGGCAAAAGAAACAUAAAGGGAUGCACAGAACUGUUGAGCACAACUACUUCACAUCGGACACAGCAGUUCGUCAGGAGCUAGCAUCACUGCACAGUCCUGUGAAAAGGAAUCUGCGAAUUGGCAACCCACACAUGAAAGCAUAGGAAGGAAUUUCAAACGAGUUUGAUUGGUAUUGCAAGAAUGCAAAGGUUUUGUUGAUUGAAAAGAAUACAUGUAUCCACUGAGUUUUAUUUUGAGAAUGGGUCAAUGAAUAUAAGAUAGUACAGGGACUGCAGUGUCAGAUUUGUUAGGAAGAGUGAUUAUAGGAAGGCUUUCAAAAUGUGCUAGAUAGUAAAGACAGCAUGACCGAGGUUGACGCAGAAUGUUUCUUCAAGAUCGUAACUCAUCAGUACUGCACCAUGUGAAAGUGGAAGAUGAUAAAGUUGUUUGGUUUCAAAUAGGAGGCAUGAGGAAAACAAUUUCAUGUUUUUUGUGUCGAUAGAAAAGCAGAUUUCUCACAUAUUGGAUGUCACAACUCAGAAACUGUAAUCAAAGAUUUUGUGUGUCCCCCAUAGUUAUCCCCUCUAUGGUAAAGUCUGAAGAGUCUGAUAUGUUUCUAUACAAGUAGUACGUUGUCUGUAUAAAAUUUGAUGCAGAACCAUGACAUGGAUUGCAUAGGAUGGGACUGGGAUUGUCCAAAGGGUUCUAUUAGCAUGGAUCUUUGGUGUGGUGAAAGUUCAUUUCUUAACAUUUACUUAUUUUUAGACUUUAUUCAGUAUUUUGUAGGAGUAUUUCUCUCUUUUUAUCAUUUCUGAUCUAAAGGUUAAUCAGAUGAUCAGAUGUGAUUACAAAUGAAUUAUUUCUGAGUUCCGAGCAUAUAUCAUACACCAAUUACAGGAGCCAAUAACCAAAUUCCAUAUACACUGCCAGUUAGGAACACAAAAUUGCAUUAUGGUGAUAGUUUUUCAUAGAUGUACAUGCCCUGCAUUGCUCACUUUGAGUUGAAUCAGUUUUAAUGUAAUGAGAAAAAAAAUAAGAAAGGAACCGAAAUGAAAUAAUACCACCUUGUGAAGUUAUUGAGUCCUAGAUAGUUUGAACUGGGGCCCAUGAAUCAUGAAUGUUUAUACCAAAUCCAAUGUCUCAUAUUACACAGAAAGAUUUUUCAGGUGUGAAUAUGCUCUAUGAUUAAUCCAGUUUAAAAAUGACCCAGGCCUGAUUUUUGUUUUCUUUUUUGCAAGUGUGCUAGUUUUCCCUGUAACAAAUAAUCUAGUACUGUUGAGCCAAUUGCAUCUCGUCGUUUUGGCACUGUGACUGGGUUUGGGCAAUUUGAAUUUGAUUGUUGCAGCAUUGAAGUUGCGUCAUAGAGGUGUAACAAUGUGGACUGGUGACAUCAUUCGUUCACAUUUCAUCCAACUGAUAAUUCCAUUGCCUUCCCUCCUCACUUGCUGGGCCCAUGUGAUGCCAUUGCUGUAUCACACAGGUGUGUCAAGACUGGUUGCAGUACAUUAGAUGCCCCCUGCUAUUGGCUUCAAUCUCAAACCAGUAAUUCAAUAUUCUCACUGUGUGCUCACUUCAGGCUACAUGUCCUUUAUGCUCAUGGCUAGGGCAUCUAUCUCUACAUGUAGCUCUUGUAUGAGAUUGGUUACUGCCAAAUUUUUUUAAGAUUUCUUAAUCUACUGGUUUUGUUUAUUUAGAGGUUCAUUAUUCUGUUUGUCCAUUAUUCCAUGUUGUCUGUUUAGAGCCAGAGUGGCAUUAACUCAUUCACUUUAAAGCCCCACUGCACUACUUAUAGCUACUUGCGCCCUCGAUCGAUCUAUAUCGCAAACAAUGCCUAAGCGGUGACCGUUGGUCCCCCAUGGUCCCUUUUUUUCUUAUGUUAAUUGAGAGCUUAUUUGAUAUAGAUAAUCACCUGUCAGUGACCACACAGGGAGGUCUAAUCCCUCCUGGCCAAACUAGUGCAGAUAGGGUUUAACACAGAAUUAAUUCCCUACUGGCUCUGAAUAGAUGUUACAUGUAUAUUCCAAAGAUCGCUUUCUUUCCAAAGAUUCAUUAUCUUGAAUCAGGAUAAUCAUUAGACGAUUUAUUUGUGGUAAAUGUACCAAUUAGGAUUAACAAGUUUUCAUAUCAAUGAAUCAAAUAUUCAGAUUAAUGAACCUUUGAGUGAAGGGAAGCUGUGUCAUCAGAACUACAAAUGUCUUGAAUACAUAGCAUAGACCUUAUCAACAUCAUUAGGAGACAGACCAUAGUAUUUAGAAGUAAUCUAUAAACUUCAUUAAAGCUCUAGAAUGAAGCAAAUUUUUAUCAUGUACACUCAAAGCGCAACUCAGAAAAUUAGAUUUCCUGCCAUUUGUUUCGCUCAGUUUAUUUAUUUUUCUCCACUUUGUUUUAGUAACAUCUCUAAUUUUGUUGUUUUUAUGAAUAUAUAUAUUAUUGCGCAACUCAUUUAAUCUUGUCUGCAAUAAAGUAAAGAAUAGGUACGUUUAAAAACUGUUGCCAUUCAAAUGCAUUCCACUUUUAAAUGUAUACAUAUACGUAAAGUACAUUAUACGUAGAUUAUAUUAUGUACAUUAAUCAUGUUUGUAUGGUUUGGUUACUGUUUUCUUGUUAAUUGUAGAUGUUUAAAUAUAGAGAGGUAUAUUCAGAGUCA